AUGUCCGACGCUGUCAACGCACUGCCGGAUAUCGACGAGAAGCACUCCGUCUCCGACGACUCCAUCGACAAGCAGGCGGUCGAUGGCCCCGAGCUCACCGACGAUGCCAUCAUGGCGAAGGAGGUUGAGGAGUUCGAGGAGCGUCUCCAGAACGACGAUGCAACUGAGGAAGAGUACCGGGUGCAGGAGGCAUACGAGGUCGCAAUUAAGGUCCUGUCCACUCGGGAUGACCCUGACCUGCCGUCGCUCACCUUCCGCACGUUCUUCCUCGGUCUCGGCUUCUCAGCCUUCGGAGCGGUAUUGGCGCAGAUCUAUUACUUUAAGCCGCAGACGCUGCUUGUCUCGACGCUGUUCCUGCUGGUCUUGUCAUACUGGUUCGGCAACGGCAUGGCGAUGCUUCUCCCUUCCAAGGGCAUCUUCCGCUGGAUCAACCCUGGUCCCUUCAACAUCAAGGAGCAUGUCGCGAUCAUCAUCAUGUCGUCCACGGCCGCAGUAUCGGCGACCGCAAUUCAGGUCAUCUCCGUUCAGGACUUGUACUACAACAACAAACUGAAUGCAGGUCUCGCGAUCUUCACUCUCAUUGGAUCGCAACUGCUGGGGUAUGGUUAUGCUGGCUUGUUGCAAGACAUGCUAGUCAAGCCUACAAAGUGUUUCUGGCCCUCUACAAUCUCCACUGCCAAUCUCUUCCAGGCACUUCACUUCGAUAACCAGAUGACGUCCAAGCGUGUGCGCCUCUUCUGGACCGUCUUCUGUGUCAUGUUUGUUUGGGAAAUCAUUCCGCAGUGGAUCUUUCCCCUCCUCACUGGCGUCUCCAUCUUCUGCCUGGCAAACAACACGAGCACGGUGUUCCGCAACGUCUUUGGUGGCGGCAGCAACAACGAGGGCAUGGGCUUGCUCUCCUGGAGCUUCGACUGGAAUCUCAUCGGCAGCGACUGCUUGUUCAACCCGCUCUGGCUUCAGAUCAACCAGGACAUUGGUAUCUUUUUCACCUACAUCCUCAUGGCUGGUGUGUACUACGGCAACCUGUGGAGAGCAAAAGACUUCCCCUUCAUGAGCCAGGCUAUUUUCGCUGAAGAUGGUACUCAAUAUAACCAAACCGCUCUCCUUACAAACGGCAGGUUUGACCCGGAGAAGUAUCAGGAGCUUGGGCCCGCGUUCUUCUCCGCCACCAAUGCUCUCUACCUCAUGACUUCGAACUUGUCCCUCGGAGCGACCGUCACCCACGUCUUCUUCUGGCAUUGGCAGGACAUCAAGCCGUUCCUGAAGACGUUCAACCCGUGGAACAAGACGCCGCUCGUCGUGCACGACCCGCACUACGAGAAGAUGAAGGUCUACAAGCAGAUCCCGCGCUGGUGGUACUUCGCGCUGCUCGCGUGCGCGUACGCGAUCGCGCAAGCGACGAACUACGGCGGGCACUCCGGGUUGCCGUGGUGGGCGCUCACAGUGAUCCUGCUCAUCUCGCUCGUGCUCUCGCUGCUGUUCGCGACGCUCGCAGCGACGAUCGGCUUCCGCGAGUUCAGCUCGUCCGCGAACGGCUUUUACCAGAUGAUCACCGCGUACAUGGUCCCCGGCCAGCCGAUUGCCAACAUGUACGGCGCGCUGUACGGCCAGCACCCGCAGGGACAGUGUAUCGCUAUGCUGGGCGACCUGAAGCUCGGCCAGUACGUGAAGCUCCCGCCGCGCGUCACGUUUUCUAUGCAGAUUCUGGGUACCGUCGUCGGCGCCAUCCUGAACUACGUCAUGAUGGUCACUAUCAUUGACUCCAACCGCGAAGCCCUGCUCUCUAUCUCUGGCACCCGCCUCUGGUCCGGGCAGAACGCGCAGAGUUACAACUCCAACGCUAUCUCAUGGGGUGGUCUUGGCCCCGAGAUGUUCGGCACAAACGGAGUGUACCACAUGGUACCUAUCUGCCUCGCCAUCGGCGUAUUCCUCCCGCUCCCCUUCAUCGCCGCCUGGUACAUGUGGCCCAAGGCCGGGUUCGAGAACUUCAGCACACCGAUCAUCCUGCAGUACUCCUGUGUGCUCUCCGUCGGCGUGAACACGCAGGUGAACCCGGGCAUGGUGAUCGGCCUCUUCUCGCAGUGGUGGGUGCGCACGCGCUACCCGCGCUGGUUCACUAAGUACAAUUACAUCUUGGCCGCGGCGCUGGAUGGUGGCACCCAGGUCAUCUCGUUCAUCCUGAACUUCGCCGUGUUCGGCGCGUCCGGAACGCCGCACGCCUUCCCGGAGUGGUGGGGCAACGACCUCAGUCUGUCCGCGGACCGAUGUGCGCUUCCAGAUAACUAGUGCUGAUCUGUGGGGUCUUGUAUUUUUGUACGUUUAGGUAGCGUGUUUCAGGGUGCGAAUAGGAGAAGGUCGCUGUUCACCACUCUUUGAAAACUC